AUGACACGCACAAUACCUCGUCGGCUGCUGCUGCUGUUUUUGGCGGCAUCGGCACUGGCAAUGGAGAUGGAGAUGGGGAUGGAGAUGGGGGAAGAGACAAUGACGCCGACGGCCAGCAGAAUUGAUGCGGCACACAAGAAUCGAACACCCUCCUCGUACGCAGCGACACUCACACCAACACCAACACCCACACCCCACGAGCCCAAGCACGUGCACGGCCUGCCGAUCCUACAACAGCAAUUGACACCCAACGAGCGUGCGUAUUGGGAAGCGUACUCGACCACGACGUUCUUCAAUUUGCCCCCCGAGUCGCCACGCUCGCAAAAACAAGUGGCCAAAAUACACACGUGGCUCGUGGCGUUGGUCACGUGCGUGGGUUACCCGGUUGCGCUGAUGUUGGGUCACGUGGCGUGGAAAAACGUGACGCGCACCGACGCACUCGUUAAUAGUGAUGAUAUGAACAAUCACGACACCAGCACCAGCACCAGCACCAGCACUACUCCUCCUCCCCGCCAUUUCCUCAAGUUCUGCCAUGCCGCGCUCACCACCGCCAACGUCUCCUCGCUCAUAUUGGCCAUUGUCUUAUUGUCGGGGUUUUCCGACCCAGCUGUCCAGUACCCAAAAAAUGCGUACCGCAGGACCUGCAUCGUGGUCGCCGCUGUAUCCAUACUACACCUGUUGGCCACAGUUGUGCGUUAUCUCGGGUUUGUGAAAAAUGCCAGAAACAAAGCGUUGGCGUCGCCGCAGACCUCGCAUGUCCCGCUGGAAAAUUACGAAAUGGUGGCCUCAAAUGAGCGACACCAUUCGCAGUCUUCGCACGAUUCCGAGCUCACUGCAGCCACCUCCGCAAGCUCCCACACAGCCUCAUCACACGGCAAACCGGCCGCUCGUCAGGGUUCCCCACUGGACACCGACUCGGGUUUCGACUACAGUCCACACACCGAUCUAGAAAUGCAUCGCAGGUCACUGGCCGCGCUUUCUGCCAAUCAGCUGCCCGUUGCCGCUCGCAUUGCGUCUGUUGUGCUCAACUUCACAUCCUGGCCCUUAUUUAUACUGCUGGCCAUUCACUGCGUCAUUGGUAUUGCCGUGGGCAACUUAUUUGGGCGCGGCUUGCGUGUAUUCAACCUGCUAGCUCACUGGAUCAAGGGCGGUGUUUUCGUAACACUCGGCAUUGUAUCGCUGGCUCGCUACUGCGGAUGCGGCGUCAACAAGGGCUGGGCCUGGAACAAAACCACGGUUCAAAUGCAUCCUACCAGCGCGGUUCAAAAUUGGAGACACAUGGUUCUGCCCAACGGCUCCAUGAUCACCAUGGAAUUCAUAGAGUCGUUUCUCAUCUUUUUCUAUGGUUCCACCAACGUGUUUCUCGAGCAUCUGUCCAACGUCGAUGGCCAAUGGCAUGCCAAGGAUCUGCAACAUGUAUCGAUAGCGUUCAUGUUUAUUGGAUGCGGGCUCUGUGGUCUGAUUGUCGAGUAUAAGCUGUCAGACUGGAGGAAAAGUCAGUCUGUCGAUGAAAGUUUAGGACCCUUGACCACAGGAACUCCUGGCUAUACUCUAAAUCCGUUCCCAGCGUUUACCAUUUUCUGGACCGGGAUUCUGAUGUCUCAACAUGCCCAGGCUUCCGUCACAUCCACCAAUAUUCACGUGCAAUGGGGCUACCUUCUGUCGUAUGGGUCAUUCUUCCGGAUACUCACCUUUUUGCUGCUUGUAUGGAAGCCUAACCAAGAUAACAAGCCUUCUAGGCCAUUCACGGAGCUGAUUGCUUCGUUCUGCUUGUUAUGCGGCGGCCUCAUUUUCAUGGAGUCGACGGACCAAGUCGUCGAGGCAUUGGAAUACCGUGGUCUCACCAGCAUGUUUACAUUUAAUCUCAGCGUGGGCUUUGUCACGCUAUUCAUGGCCUGGGAAAUGAUUUUAUUACUCUGGAAAGAUUGUUUAGAAAAGAGGUGA